AGGUAUUUUCUUUUUUCUUUGAAACUAAAUGAAAUGCGAAAUAUCUCGUAUUGGUAGAGGAUAUCGAAAAUGACAUCCCUUUUGUUUGUACAAGACCUCUUCAGGAUAAAAGCGAAUGAUUGGCCUGUUUCGACUUACAAACAUAAUUAAACCCGACUUGCUACUAUUGUCAGAAACGGGGCAUCUACAAAACCGUUUGUCGCUUCAGAUGUCCCCAGAGAGAAAAUGUCAAAAAGGUUGCCAUGAAGUCUAUUUUGUGCUUCUUGGUCUUAAUCAUUGCAAAAUCAAAGCAAUCGCCAUCAUCACUGUCAUCCACUCCAACGGUCACCCCUGCUUCCGGUACGACCUCACAGAUCAGCACUAGUCAAGUGUUAUCGCCCGCUACAGUCUCAGGGCCGAUUCUGACAAGCACAGUGAGCCCCGCCCUAGCAACCCCUUCGCCUGUGACCCUCACCACAGGCCCCCCCUCGCCUAGCGGUAGCUGCCCGUCCGAGUGUGUCUGUUCCGUGUGUAAAAUCUUCCCUGGUUCACAUGCAUUGAAGUGCACUGUUCAAGACUUUGACCAAUUCAAGCCAAGUUAUAAGUUGGAUAACUUCACGGAGGCAUGCUCUCUAGACUUUUCCAAAGGAAACAUAAGCCAUCUUGGAAGAGAAACAUUCAGAAACUUCACCGCCCUUCAAGAGCUGAAUCUCUCUUACAACAAUAUUACCCGAAUCCGAAACAGGACUUUUACGAAUGGCUCUUCACUAACAACACUAUCCCUGGAUCAUAAUACCAUCACUAUCGUGGAUGUCGGAGCAUUCUAUGGGCUCCAGAGCCUGCUGCGAUUGAACUUGGAUUAUAAUAAUCUUGUCACGCUAGACCAAGGAUGCUUCGCAGGACUCACAAGUCUUAGAUACCUGAGUAUUCGUUACAAUAAGUUAAAAAAGUGGGACGCAUGGCUCGUUUACGAUGCUCCUCACGUGACCCAACUUUUCAUCAAAGGCAACAAAGCUUACAAGAUCACCAAGCAGCUACUACGAAACACAACGAUUCAGGCCAUCGACGAGGCGACCAUCAGCGAGACGUGCAAGCAAUGCAAACUGGAUCGAGUGAAUGUCACAUUACAAGACUUGAUGCCAAAAGACACUUGCCAAUACUUACCCGACUACAUAUUACCAGUCUUGUACGAGAAGCACGCCAAGUACGUCUUAUUUGAGGGGGAAUGCAGCGGCCAGAAAGUUUGCAAGAUAAUUGCGACAUCCAUGUCCAAGAUAACCCAAGCCACACGUAACUAUUGCUGGGAGAUACUGUAUGACAUCAGGUACUUCGAGUUUGCUCUCGGCGCCUUCACCAUAGCAACCAACAUAAUCGUCGUCAUAGCAACAGUGUCGGUGAAGUCAUUGAGGACCUCCACGGCGUUCAUGUUGAUAGGUCACAUGGCCAUGUGUGACGCCCUCAUCGGGAUCUACAUUAUCGGGGUCGCAAAGGGUCAUGGGCUUCUAUUAGAUAAACCGAGUGUUUUCAGGACAUAUCGAUACGAACAAUGCCCGUACUAUAGGUCCAUCUACACUCUUGGUCAGUUUAUGGAGGUCGCCACAUCCGUACUGGUCACCUUAGAGAGGUACCUUGCGAUCGUGUUUGUCAUGAAGCGCUGGGUCCGAAUGACGUCGUUAGUGGCUGCGGCGUGUUUGCUGGGCUUUUGGGCGAUCGCUGCGACUCUUGCGAGCCUUAUGCAGGUUUUCGACCGAGAGGUUAUCACCGAUGAUUUGAUGUGUGUUCUGGUGAGAAACUUCAGUCACUCGGAAAAGCUGUUUUUCAGUCAGGGCACCAUGCUUUCUCAGGUCCUUCUUUACCUGCUUGUUAUCGUCAUGUACGUGCAUAUCUUCGUGUACGUGCGGCGUUCCCAGCGUAACGCAGGCGUUCAGCGCGAGAGCAAGCUAGCCUCGCGUAUCGGCGGCCUCGUUCUUACCAACCUCUUGUUUUUCGUCGUGCCGAACACCGUUGUGUUCAUAGUGACAACUGGAACCAUCUACUUCGAGACGAAUGCCGUAGCCAAUAGCAUGCUUAGACGUUGGCUCCCUCCAAUUUGCAUCGUUCUCAACGCUUGCAUGAAUCCCUUCCUGUUUGCUUAUCGGAAUGACGUCUUCAAGACUGCGCUCAAGAAGCAGCUCGGUCUGGUCUCAAGCACUAGCAUGUCAAUGAGGCUGACGAAAAGCGACAACUCCACAUUUAGGGGCAGAGCAAACACUACCUCGAGCGUGGUACCAGCAAAUGAAGCCAUGGGAAUGCAGGGCAAGCGGCUUGCGCACAAGAAAAAGUCACCAAGUCCCUCAAAUAAUGCGGUGGUGCCCAUGGAUCCAAUUACUGCAACUAACACCAUUGUUCCUAAGGCCCCGAGUCCGUCAAGUAACUCGGUAGCUCCUCUGGUUGUUAGUCCUAUGGCAAAGCACAGGGAGCCCAUAGAUCUCGGAAAGGUGAAUCCGUCCUUAGACGCCUGAAACUCAUACGAUGAUCAUCCCUUCAGCGAAGUCGGCGUAAGAACCUGUUAUCAGGAAAUCAAUCAGCAAACAGGAACACUGUGAGGAAAAGGGCGUAGCCUGAUGAGUUUUUCGGAUACAUUCUGUAGCAUAUCAGAUAUCUUUUUAUCUAAAACAGUUCGAUUCACUCAUAUAAGCGAGGUCCCCCAAGAAAGCGCCGUACUUAGUGUAAAAAAAAAGUGAGCGCCCCGAAUUAGCGCCCGGCAACCUAAGUGCAUCCUUGCAUUAUUUUGUUCGUGGAUGUCUAUCGUUUUGAGAUCAUAUUGUAAAAAUCAGCCUACUUCUAUUUGAAGCGAGUUUCCACAAUAGCCAUACAGUAUACUACCCUGAAAUAAGUCUAUACCUAGCAUUAUACAGUAGAUUAUACAGCAGCUUGCAGUGAAUGUAGAUAGCAAUACACUCUUUUUCUAUAAGAACCUUUUCAUAAUAACAUCCAGUCUGAGAUUCCAAAUUUUAAGAACAUGCUAAGAACAUGCCGAGCAGCCAAAUAUUGCUGCUAUUGUAACCUUGAAUAUUAAUGCUAUUGACCAUUUGUGUUAUUCUCUUCCUGAUAAUUCAUUUAGUAUUAUAUUUUAUAUACACUUAAAGAACAUCGUUUUAAAUGUGCUUAAAAGAACAUUUCAGCCUUAAAAUAAUCCAAAAAUAAGAACGGCCCAGCCUCAACUGAAAGUAAGACGUUCUUCCAAAAAAGAGGGAUUUUUUUUAUUUCUAAAUCUAUUAAGGUACAUAUUUAACAAUUAUACCAUUUCCGUUGAGGUAGAUAUUUUUAAAGCCACUAUCCGCCGAAAUGGAAAUAGUGUAAUUUUUUUAGUAUAUAAAACGAGCUUAGAGCAAUGUUCUUUUCGGAAACACGGCUGUUACACCCGCUAUUUUGGUUGAUUUCGGGGUCCAGGACAAUAUCCACCUCCUAGGAGGUGUAUGUUGCAUUUUAUCCCGAGUUUCUCAACCAAUCAAAUCGCUUGAAUGCUAGGGAGUUUUAUAUCCUAAAAAUAAAAUUGUCAUAGGCCAUCAUUAGAUGCUCAAGUACAUUUGUAUAGAUACCUUGUAUGUCAUAAGUGAUAUCCUGUAAACAAAUGAUCUGAAAUAAAUCAAGAUAUAGGAUUA